UUCAUUUUUUUAAUUCUAAAGUUUAAAAGUGAAAUCAACUUCUACCUUUAUCUAGCUAAAAACAGUAGAUCCUUCUCAUUAAUAUUAAUGAAAUAAAUCCAACUUUUAUUUUUACUAGGUAGUGAUGUAUGUUAACUUCUAUAAUCCUUUUUACAUAAUAAUGGUAAACUUAUGAUUUUUAUGCUUUGCAUAAAAUGUCAUUACAAAUGAUUUCUGGAGAUUUUUAAAUGUAGUUAUGAGUUUUGCUGUGACAAGAACAUAUAGUUAGAUAAAAUAGGAAGGUAUGUUAUAACAUUAUUUCCAUUCAAAUAUGUGAUACAUUUCUCGUUUUUCUUUAUAAAGUCUCAUUAAUGUAGAAUUAUUUGUUGUAUCUUAUUUUAAAACAUUCAUGUGUAUAUUUUUAUUAUUUUUUUUCCUUUUCUUUUCCUGUUUCUUCUCUUUCGUCUGCUUCAAGCAGAAUCUGUUAUGUGACGCAGCUACGCUUUCUCCUCUUGCUACCAGUGUUAAUAAAUACAGGCAUAAUAUUUUUCACAAAAAGAACAAUUUACACAGGAACCAAAAAAACCCCAUAACAGUACUCAGAAUUAAAAAUAGGAAAGGAAUAGAUGUUAGUGACAACUUAUAUCAUCAGGUACCUAGGAAUAUUCUACAGUGUUACAGUAAUGAAGAAAAACACAAAGCGGAAGAUAUUGUACAUCCUACUGAGUUAAAUAAAUCUGAGUCAAGACCAAAUAGUAAAUCAAGUCCAUUUAGGUCAACUAAUGGUACCUUGACGGAUUUUAACUCCAAUUUUGAAAAGGAACCAGAUCGUAAAGUUGAAAAAAUUAAUCAAGACUGUUGUGAAAAUAAUAAACAGGAAUAUAAAAACAAGGAAGAGAAUGAGCUAGGCAAGAUUGAGAAAGAAAAGGGACACAUAGCUGAAGAUGUGAGUCACAGCAACCACACGGAUCCAGAAGAAUCUGCUGGGGAGGACUGUGGUUACGCCACAAGCACUGCUGCAGUGAGGCAGUGUGCUGAGGAGGAGGCACAGGCAAACUCUGAAACUGAUGUGUCAGUCCAGCCAAGAAAUGAAGCGUCCCAGGUUUGAGUACAUGGCAGUCCUUUAUUUCUCUCUUGGCUGAGUUUUCUCAUAGCAAGUAGUAUACAUAUAUGGUGCAAAUGGAAACAAAUUGUGUAGGAUUUGUAAAGAAUAUUAAUUGUUAAUAAACUUCUCCUUAAACCCUAAUAUUUGACUAGUUCCUACAAAAACUUAGUGGUUGUACAUUUCCUGAUUCAUUUUAGUACUCACUGUUUUACCGUUGGUAUUCGCUUAAAAAGUAUUAGAUUAGAUAACAGAAUAACAAAAAUAAGGCACUUUAGAUGAGUUCGUUUUGCCUUAGAAAUUUCUACUUCAGCAUGCUGUAAGAUCUCACUGCAAGUAAAAUUUCACUACAAUGAAUAAUAUCAGUAAAAAUCUGUUAUGAUGCUGUGUAACAUUCUAACAUAUAUAGCAAGUUCCUUUGAUGGUCUUUUUGCCUUGUAUUGUAACAGAUACUUUUUUAUAAUGAGAAAAGGAAGCUUACAUGUAUUGCCUAGGUAUACUUUUCACAAUACUCUGCAGAGAAUUAUUUCUACUUUAUGUGGGAAGCUUGGAGAAUAAGUAACAUCUCUAGUGAUCAAGAAGAUGCAGAACCAGGAUUUAAAUGCAGGUCUGAUUCUACAGUUUAUGCACUUUCUACAUACACACACUACUUUUGGUCAAUUUAUUCAACAGAAUAAGAAGUUUGUUCCCAGUUGAAAUCAAAUAGCAUUCAUUCAUUCAUUCAUUCCUUUCCACUUCAGAUAUUCCAGUCACCUAAGUCCUCAUUCUCAUUAAAUCAGACAUUUAAAUUAAGAGAAAAUGGAUGAAAAUGUCUUAAUUCUUAUUUCGUUUCCUUAUCCAGGUACAUAAUGCUUCUUUUUUCACUUGAUAAUAAGUAAUUGAGAAUUUGAGACUUCCACUGUGUGUUAUCGCUAACUCUCAUCCACUAAGAAUUUGACUUUUGGCAGUGUAUACCUUUUAACAGGAUUCUUCUUCUAUAGAACAAUUUGGAAGUUCCCCCAAAAUUGAUUAUACAAGGAUUUUAUUUAUUUUACUUUUAUAGAAGUUUCAUUAGAAUUUAUUUUCCAAAAAUUUGGACAAUCUCAACUAAUACUUUUGUUUUGUUUUCUGAGAAUAGGAGGAAAAAAUGAUCCACAUUCACUUACACAAAGAAUUGCAUCCAUAUUUUAGUGAGGAGAACUGUUGAAAAAAUUCAGCAGUUCAUGUAAUAUCAUCAGAUAGAAUUAUUCUCUUCUGUGAAUGAAAUUUUGUAUAUUUUAUAUCUGUCAGUUAGGGGUACUUAUUAUCAUUUAUUAAAUAGCUAUCAUAGACUGAAGAGAUGAAGUAAGGGAGACAGAAGAGCUCAGGGAUAGGGAACUAUAGAUUUCCAUGUCUGAAGAGAUCUUAAAAAUCAUCCUGUCUAGUGCCUUCAUUUGUAAGAUGCAAAAACAAAGGACCUUGCAGGUGGCAUGAUUUGCCUAGUGUUAACCUUAAUAGUAGUAGAAUCAGAAUGUAUACUUGGGUUAUCUGACAGAGAAUAAGUAGGAACAUAUUGCUUUAGUUUACUGACACCAUGAAAUAUGUCUGUCUUCUUUUUCUUGCUACUAUAUAUGUUCAUACGCACACACAUUCCCUCAAACAGUUAGAAAUCAGGUAGAUACAUGCAGUGUUUCUGCCAGUGUUGUGUUGUAUGCCCUCAGGUCAGAAUCAAAGGUCAGCCCAGAAUUUCUUUACAUUUCUGUAUCCUAUUUUCUAAUUUCUUUACUUUUACUGCACUUUACCUAAGAAAACUU